AUGGCUCCCUCACCGGCCCCUCAUGAUCGGCCGUCCUUUUCUUCCGACACCCAUCCUGCCUCUACCACCGCCUCUUCGUCGCAACAGUCUCCCUCCGCGCAACGGACAGCCGCGAAAUCCACCCAACACCAGCGAGGAUCUCGAAGCCCCAGAGGGCCCACAGCUUCCAAAUCAUCUCCUAGCGCUACCAGAUCCGGCGCGAUGCCAUCAAUCGUUGUGAAGAAGGAGCCUGCCUCCCCAGACAUCCCCGCCCCUCGCCAUCGUCCCAGAAAACUCGACUUGUCUAAGGGUGGUGUCUCGAACCACGGAGCUUCUACCGCUCGCCCGCUAACUGCGAGAGACAACCUCGGUAUCCAGGAUGUUGGCCUCGCCUGCCUCUCCCCCGGCUUCGUAACGCAAGAUCCCGUCAUGAAGGAGCAGCUGCAGCGCAGCAUGACGGUCAGAGAGCAACAGCGCCAUAUCAUUGAAUCAAGGCUCCAGCAACAGUCGGCAAAGGGUGACGGCCCGAACAACAAGGACAACCACUUCUCCGCCAAGACCCCCGGCAUGUCGCGACGGAAUAAGGCCCCGCCCGGCCUCUCUAUCGUUGCACCCUCUCACGAGCAGUUUGCUAACGAGCGCGUGAUCCAAUCCGCUCCUCUCAACCAAACCUUCACAGGCAUGCAUAAUCCUCAUCCUCUUACGAGGCAUAUUACGAACCAGCCUUCGAAGCUUUCCAGCACCUCGCACAUCCACCAUGUCCCCGCGAAUCAGACCAACAACCGUCUACCGCCUAUCACCGACGUUUUUGGCCAAGCCCUUCCCCCGCCUCCCGAGUCCGCCGGACACAGCCUCUACCCCGGCCAGCAUAGCGCUAGGGGUCCUUUGGCCUCUCCCGGCCACCCACCGCCGCCAUCGCAGCAUGCUCCCGGCUCUGCCCGUCCUAGGGAAUACAAGUCGGCGGAGGAGGCACAGGCGGAGCUCGCUGGAGGUCGUCCAGAAUUAUUGCCAAAGUUAGUCCACUACGGAGGCCAUCAGCCACCAACUCCCCCUUCCCCUCAUACCGGAAACAGAACGGCCGACGCCAGCCGCAGUUCCAAGCGACGAACCCGAGCCGAGUACGAAGAAGGCCACAGCCCCCCGCUCGGAAACGGCCCCGCUUCCACACGUCGAGGUCCCUUUGGCUAUGGCCGCGACAGUCCCGAGAGCCAACGGGCGAAGCGUGAAGAGUUCUUGCGCUUGUGCGAGAGAGCGUGGGAUUUGUUCCACUCUUAA